AUGGCGGACACCUACCUCCAGUUACUCGCAUCAUGUGGGGUCCAUGUGGACCCUGUCCAAUUCAAAGAUCUGUAUCCAUGGCAACAUAAAGAUGUGGCGCAGGAGACUCCGGACAGACUUCCGGACACACCGAUCGCUUACGAGCGCGACACUUACGCCGAACCUUUACCCAUCUUCUCGUCCGAUCAGCUCGAUCUCGAUAUACCUGAACAGUAUGGUUACAAUGAGUACAUUGUCUACGAAUCCAGAGAAACCGCUCGGCCCAUCGCCCUCGAUCCAUCGGACUGGGGGCGCGUGCGUAAAACACACAAACAUAUUUACAGUCGGCCGUACAUUUUCCGGUGGACACUCUAUCACACGCUGGGGUUCAUGGGCGGGCCCUUCGACGCCUCUUUUCUAGCUGAACUGAAAGCCCACAUUGGGGGUGACGGGGCUGUGAACCGUCCUGAUGUUUACAUCAAGGUGCGGGACGCCUUACGAGCAGCCAAACUACAGCCACUGUAUUUGUCCAUCCCCGCCAUCAUACGCUCAAUGGGCGGCGCUUCGUGGCCCCAUCCGCCCGACCACACCAUGAACUCUGUGCAGCGCAUGUUUACGCGGGUUCAUCACGCCUUCCAGCAUAAACAUCUGGAUCUCAAGCGGAAACGGUUCCCAAAAAUGUUAUUUGUUUGCUUGGCCAUUCUCGACCUUCAUGGUGUUACUCCUCCAUAUACAAUUCCAUGGACGUACACAGAACUACACAACAAACAGUUGAGCGCCUUGUUUACACAGCUGAACACCACCGACGCAUGACUGACUAUACACUAAAAGAAAGUCUAUAAAACGCUCGUCUCGCCCCUCACUCCUCACACCAGACAACCCAACCAUGUUCUUC